UUUGUUAAAUAUGUUUCCACCCUGAUGGAGAAGAUGCAGGCCCAGGAGAUGAUGAGCGGCCUGAGGAUCCCGGAGAUGGACGAUAUCGGCCAGUUCUUCCACUCCCUGCCGACCUCCACACUGGUGGGCAUCGGUGCUCUUACCGCCGUGCUGGCGUACUGGCUGGCCACCAGACCCCGCCCCAUCAAGCCACCCUGCAGCCUGCUGCACCAGUCUGAGGAGGUGCCGCAUGAACAUGGAGGCCGCAGAUCCAUGAUGGGCAACAGUCCCAAGCUGCUGACUCACUACCAUGACGACGCCAGGACCAUGUAUGAGGUCUUCCAGAGAGGCCUCCACAUAUCUGGGGAUGGACCUUGCUUGGGCUCACGGCUCCCUAACCAGCCUUACAAAUGGAUGUCCUACAGAGAGGUGACGGCCCGGGCUGAGCAUCUGGGUUCAGGCCUGCUGCACCAAGGCUGCCAGCCCAACCCCCACCAGUUCAUAGGAGUGUUUGCCCAGAACAGGCCAGAGUGGAUCAUCUCAGAGCUAGCUUGCUACACCUACUCCAUGGUGUUGGUUCCCCUUUAUGACACUCUGGGCCUAGACGCCAUACGGUUCAUCAUUAAUACUGCUGACAUUUCCACGGUCAUUUGCGACAAAGUAGAGAAAGCUCAGGUGCUCCUGGACAACAUGGAGCGGAAGGAGACUCCGGGCCUGCGAAGAAUCAUCUUGAUGGAUGCCUUUGACUCUGCCCUCAUGGAGCGCGGCAAGGACUGCAGCGUCCAUGUGCAGGCCAUACAGGAAGUUGAGGCUCUGGGCAGAGAGCACCACAGAGAACCUAUACCACCAGCACCAGACGACCUGUCCAUCGUGUGUUUCACCAGUGGAACCACAGGAAACCCAAAAGGAGUUAUGCUCACCCAUGGGAACGUGGUUGCGGAUUUCUCAGGCUUCCUCAAAGUAACAGAUAAAGUCAUUUUCCCCAAUCAAGAUGAUUGCCUCAUUUCCUUCCUGCCACUGGCUCACAUGUUUGAGAGGCUCAUCGAGUCUGUGGUGUACUGCCAUGGAGGACGGAUCGGGUUCUAUCAGGGCGACAUCCGUCUUCUUCCAGAUGACAUGAAGGCCCUGCGGCCAACCAUUUUCCCUGUGGUGCCUCGACUGCUCAACCGCAUGUACGACAAGAUAUUCAGCCAGGCAAACAGCCCAUUGAAGCGUUGGCUGCUCAAUUUUGCUGCAAAAAGAAAAGGUGCUGAAGUCAGCAGCGGGAUCAUUCGCAGUGACAGUAUAUGGGACAAAAUCUUCUUCAGUAAGAUUCAGGCCAGCCUGGGAGGAAGUUUGAGGAUGAUUAUAACAGGAGCAGCUCCUACCUCGCCCAGUGUCCUGGGAUUCCUCAGAGCAGCUCUGGGAUGCCAGGUGUACGAGGCAUACGGUCAGACAGAGUGCACAGCUGGCUGCACCUUCACCACACCUGGAGACUGGACCCCAGGUCAUGUCGGGGCUCCACUACCAUGUAACCUCAUUAAACUGGUGGAUGUUCCUGAGAAGAACUACUUUGCCUCUAAGGGAGAGGGAGAGGUUUGUGUGAAGGGACCAAACGUUUUUAAGGGCUACCUCAAAGACCCAGAGAGGACGGCGGAGACGCUGGAUGCAGACGGCUGGCUCCACACCGGAGACAUUGGAAAAUGGUUACCUAAUGGCACACUGAAGAUCAUUGACAGGAAGAAACAUAUCUUCAAGUUGGCGCAGGGCGAGUACAUCUCCCCUGAGAAGAUCGAGAGCAUCUACAUUAGGAGUGAACCUGUGGCACAGCUCUAUGUUCAUGGAGACAGUCUGCAGUCCUGUUUGGUGGGAAUUGUGGUUCCUGACCCUGAUGUCAUGCCGGAAUGGGCCAAGAAGAAAGGCAUAUUAGGUACCUACAAGGACCUCUGUAAAAACACGGAACUAAAGAAGGCAAUCCUUGAAGAUCUGGUGCGUCUGGGCAAGGCCAGUGGCCUUCACUCCUUUGAGCAGGUGAAGAACAUCUACAUCCACAACGAGAUGUUCUCCAUUGAAAACGGCCUCCUGACUCCGACACUAAAGGCCAAGAGACCAGAGCUGAAGGAGUUCUUCAAGGAGAAGAUCCACCAGCUCUACAGCAGCAUCUCUAUGUGAAAGCCAGCGGACCUCAUUUUUCCCCUUAAGCAUCUUAGCACUAAGAUCUGCUUUGACCAUUGACCUGAAGUGGUCAAGGAUGCCACACCUUAGACUUAACGUGCUUUGGGAAAGCAAGCCAAACCUGGCUCUACUGUGGAAGAUUUAAAAUGCCUAAAUAAGAACAAAUCAAACAAAGAAAUGAAGUGAAAUACAAUGCACAUUGUCAUAUGUAUUUCCUUUUUAUGUAUCUAUUUACUGUGUCAUAAUUAAAUGAAAACAUAUAUUAAAAAGACAGUUAUUUAGCUUUUAGUCCGUAAUAACCCAAUGAAUUGUUUUUCAUUGUGACAAAUUUUCCAUGCGGCAUUUUAAAAAAAAGGGCUGAAGGGCUGAAAGUGAGACAAUGGGACAGAUGAAUUUUGCAGUGCAUUAUGUUACUACAAGUGACAGUCAGCUGUCCUUGAUGCUUUUGUUUUACAAAACACAAAAAAGUUCUACAUUUUUGAAAAUUACUGUAAGAUUAGACCUAGUGUGAUGGACCUUUUAUAUUUGGAAUUUAUUUAUUUAAUUGUCAAAAACUUUUAGACUUUCUUCUUUCUUCAGCAGUAGUAAAGUUAUGUACUGCAAAAUGUAUCCAUCCUGUAGUCUCAUGCCAGCAAUAAUAAGCCAACUGGCCUGUCCUCAAGCUGCGAUUGGACAGUUGGUUGUUUUUCAUUCUGGCCUUGAAUGUGUGUCUUAUGAAAACUCAUGACAGUGCUUCACAUUUAGUAUUGCCAGGUUUAACCUGCCAAUGCUGUAAUGGAAUACCUGUCUUCGCAUUGUUUUCUGUGUUAUGAUUUUUUUUAAAUGCGGAAUGGAAAAGUCCUGUCACAAUGAAAAACGAGACAAAAAGCUAAAUAAUUGUCCUUUUAACAUGUUUUUCAUUCAUUUCUGUAUGUAUGUGUACUGUUUUUCACGUUGUUUGUUUGAUUUGUUUUCAUUUAGCCCUGUUAAAUCUUCCAUACACUGCUACAUGCUAUCCACCCAGAAAAACCAUCAAAUGCUCUGUCCCCAGCAGCAGAAACUCAUCAGCACUUUUUAUGUUGAGAAGUCCAUUCCUACUUCCUGUCACUCUGCUUAUCUUCUAUCCUGCAUCAGUUUAAACCUACCAGCCAAACACAAUCGAAAUCCACAGCUGGACAACGCCAAGUGUGAUGUCUUUGUGUGUAGUGUAGCUCAAGGAGUUGUCUAAAUGUCUGAUAAUACUGUCACCUUGUGGGACAGUAAUGGACUUCAUCCCCAGAGGAAAUAAGUAGAUUUUCACUGGAUCAAGCAAGCCUCUGACAGCAUCUCCCCUAAUCUGACACAACAAGGAUUGAAGUUAUGUUCAACCCAAACAUUGUGCAAUUAGACCGAAACCAAAUCCUCCUGUUUGAGAUCAGAAUUAAGAUAGUAAGGUAAAGCGAGUAGCAGGUCCUGCCUUACAAAUGAUUGUUGUCCACACUGCCUCAUGUGGAGCAUCUCAAUGUUUGAGCCACAUCCAAAAUCACAGUUCAUGUCAUGUGUUCACAUCAUUCAUUAAGUCAUCUUGACAUGGCUGUGAUCAGCGGUUUAGCAUGCAUGCUCCUUGUUUAUAUGAAGGACUGGCCCACUGUAACGAUCAUCGAAGUUCACACUGCACAGUUGACAAAUUCACAACUUUUUUUUUUCAUCCAUCUCUGCACAAUGAGUAUGUCAGGUAAAAGAAAACAAAAACAAAUAUCGGCAGGGCUCAGGGCAAUGCAUGCAGUUUGCCCUGCAGUGCUGGGACCGUUAGCUUUUGACUUGAAAAAGGUGAGUAAUUCCUUUGUGGCCAUUAAUAGCGGGUUGUAUACAGCUGCCCACAGCCACCGCUGCUAGCGCAAGGCUCUGUAACGUAGGCAAAGCUGAUGAAUUCCACUCACUGCGGUAUAGAACAAACAUCAACUUUUAAACAAAAGAAACCAUUUUUCUGAAGGGGUUUACACAUAGAGGUAAUGUAUAGGCUUUUUAAGUUGAUUACCGUCCCAAAGCAUAAACAAUGUGGAUGUAUAUAAACGAGGACAGCUAGAUGUAAGCAUAUUUAUUAAAUCAAUGGUUUGAAUGGAUUUUUUUCUCUUUUUCUGCGUGUAGUGAGAUGAAUUGUACUUAUUUAUUUAUCUAUUCUGCUGUAAAACGGAAUCAGCACCAUAUCCUUGUAAUGAUU